AUGAAUACCUACAGCAGUCAAAUACGGAAGACUGCAUCAACUAUUCCAGACCAUCAAAGCCUACCGCAAGGUGAUGGGCUGGUUCAAGCCGUAGCAGUACUCGCGAUUUUUGGUCUCAUUGCUUUGUCUAUUCUGGUAUGCUCUUCACAGUCAGUUGUAGCUGAGUUAAGUCACGCCUUGUCUAGAUAUGAUCAGUCCGCAAGUCACGGCUUUGACGUGGAGUCAUCUAGCGUCACACAAUCCGAAACCAGUUCCACAGAUAUGCUGGAUUCGGUUUCUCCACCGUACAGGUACGGAAAGGCAGCGGAGAAUGAAUUCAGGGGUGCCCAGGCGGUAGCAUCAAGGCGUGAAUCAUUAAAUUGGUAA